AUGAAAAAACUGCUUUCUUUGCUGAAAAAGGAUGCGAUCCUCGUGCGUCGAAACAAGAUUUGGACGGCUCUCGAGUUGCUCGCGCCCUUGUUUCUCCUCGUGAUUCCGGUUUUCUUCAUCCCAGAGGUACGUUUUGCUUUUGAAAAUAAUUCCGAUUUAUUCAUCAUCUCAGCAAUUGUUGAUGGGGUACAAGCACCAACAAGAAUCCAACAAAGCCCUCAGAUCUUUCACUGGAACAGUUAUGGAUGUGGAUUUGCCGGAUAAAGCUCCAGAAAUCGAGUUGCAUUCGGGAAACUGCAAAACUCCGCCGGAAAUCACAGUCACCCUUUAGUGCGUUGGAAUUAGCAUUCGCGUACUUUGUAGCUCCACAAAUUUCAGCAGCAAAUAUCCGAAAAACUACACAAGACCGGACAGAACGAAGUACAUUGGAAGAGUGAAAGCGGCAGCGAAAAUAUGCAAACCGUUAGUGUCAAGUGGUAGAAAAAGAUGGAGAUGAAAGAGUUUCAGGAUUGGAGGAGUGUUCACAACUCCAGAAGGCGUCGAUAUGAUCGUGCCUGCAACGUACAGCAAUAUUGGAAAUCUGAAGUUGAAGGUGGACAAGUAGGUCGAAUUCUAUUAUUUUUUUAGGAAGACCAUUCAUUGCAGGCCGUCAACAUACAGCGGAUCCAUUUUUGACGACUACGCACCGAUCAUGUACAAAGCGACGAACAAGAAGUUCUACGCAGAGUCCGCAGCUUCCAAUUACACCCCUGGAAAAGAUCUGGACAAACUGAGGAAGGUCUUCAUCUUUGAUGACCAAGAAAUGGAUUCGAUAUUCCCCCAGUUGGCUAUGUUCAUUGGUCUUUGUGUCACUCUUCCGGUUAUCAGUACCACUCGGACAAUGGUAGUGGAAAAGGACAGUGUGCAGGUAGGAAACGAACGCUCGGAUGGACAAGAAUCGGAAGAAAUUCAUUUGCAGCCGUACCUCCACUCGAUUGGCCUUUCCCGAACCCUUUUCUAUGCCGAGCACUUUAUUUUUUCCACUCUCAAGGGAACUCUCCUGAUUUCUGUUGGAACUGUCCUUCAUUGCAUUUUCUUUCCGGUAAGUGGCCUUCUGAUAUUUCAAUGAAUUUCCUCGUUCUCAGCACUACAACGCCUUCUGGCUGCUGGUCGGAGUCAUCGUCUACAUCGCAGCAGCCAUCUCAUUUGCCAUGCUCGUCUCGACGCUCUUCACGAAACCGAGAAGAGGUGUCGAAGGAAUACUUCUUUUUUGGGGCGUCUUAUCGUUUCUUCCCCUCAUUAUUGAUGUUCCGGAAGACUGGAGAACCAUCCCGGCUUCGUUGAACAUCAAUUACGCCCUGAAGUUCUACUUCCUGGCCAUUGAACCUCAUUUUGCGAAAGGUUCGCUUUUCCUCGUUGAUGAGAAUGCGAAAUGGCGGGUUUCAGAUGACGGAAUGUCGUUCAUGGACGGAUUUUCAAGCGGUCGUGAAGGGUACUACUCUUGUGUUGUCUAUCUGGGAAUCAUGCUUUUUGACGGCCUUCUCAUGGGAUUCGGAAGUGUUUUCGUGUCCAGAUUCGUCGACAAAACGUCUAAAUGCGUUGUAAAUGCGUUCUGGAAACAAAUGAAAAGAACCGAGAGCCCUCCGAAAACACAUUCUUCAUCGGAAAUCGACUUUGACGGGAUUCUGUUGGGUGAGGAAAAUGUGGAAGGACGGAAGGACGCCACGUCAGACAUCCAGGUGGAUAAUCUUGUCAAGGUUUGUAGUUGAGCUAUUGAGAAGAUGUUAAAUUUCAAGUUAAGAUUUAUUCAAAUGGAGAGACUGCUGUGAACGGACUGUCAUUGCGCGCAGUGAGAGGCCAAGUUUCCGUGCUUUUGGGUCACAAUGGAUGCGGAAAAAGCACCACGUUCGGAAUGAUCACAGGAAUCCACGAACCCACUUCUGGUUCCAUUUUCAUUGAAGGUGUUGACGCAGUCUCGAAUCGGAAAGAAGCUAGGCAGUCCAUCGGAUACUGUCCACAGUACAAUCCACUUUAUGAAAGACUGACCGUGAAGGAACAUCUGAAACUUGUAAACACUCUGAAAGGAGCUGAUCCGGCGAACUUCGAGGAGGACGCAGAGAAUCUGAUGCAUGAGAUCGAGCUGAGCGACAAGAGGGAUGAGUUGGCGAAGAACCUCUCUGGCGGAAUGAAGAGGAAGUUGUGCGUGUGCAUGGCGAUGAUCGGAGGGAGCAGAGUGGUUCUUCUGGACGAACCGACAGCUGGAAUGGACCCCGGAGCACGGCUGGAUGUGCAGAAGAUGCUCGACAAAGUGAAGUCGGAGCGGACGAUCCUGCUGACGACCCAUUACAUGGACGAGGCGGAGAAGCUCGGCGACUGGGUGUUCGUGAUGUCUCACGGAAAGAUGGCUGCUUCCGGAUCACUUCACUACCUGAAAAAGAAGUACGGAGAUGGAUACCUGAUGACGCUUGUUCUGGAUCCUCAAGAGAACGCGGAAGAAGUCGUUCCAAUCCUUCAACAAGUGUGCUCCAACUACGUUGGAAACUCAGUGAUGGUAUGUUUUGAGCUGAACCAAUUGUUUACCUUUCUCAUAUGUAUUUCAGAAAGAUCAACGAGGUCAGAUGGUUGAAUUCUCUCUUCCGGACGCCAGCAAACAACAGUUUCUUCUUCUGUUCCAAGCACUCGAAACCAUCAUUGCCAAGCAGUUCGCUUCGGAUAAACUGGAGAGUCUGCCGGCUGAAGUGCUGCAACAAGUGAAGAACUUGAAGAUUGUGGCCAUGGGACUGUCCGUGAGCUCUCUGGAGCAAGUGUUCAUUAAGAUUGAGAAGGAAUGCGACCGAGUGCUGACCGGGGCUGAUGAUGCGGAGAGAAGAGCGACGGCUGAGAGAAACUUCGAAGCACUCGUGAAGGCGAAACUAGGUCAGUCAUCCGGAAGAGAACAGAAACGACACAACCGAAUUUCAGAGCCACAGCGAGAAGGUUUCUCCCUCUAUCUCCUCCAACUUCGCACAUUCCUCUACAAACGAUGGAUUCAUUUGCGACGCAAUCCCGAUCAGACAAUCAUGCAGAUCUUUGUACCCCUCCUCGCAAUCUAUUUCAUCACAACCAGACUUUUUGUGAGAAGGUUUGACAGCUCCAUCGUUUCGAUGAAUUACAACUUGUCACUCUUACCAACCUCCAAGGCCAUCCUACAGUUCGAAGGAUCCGUUGAUAGUAGAAUAGAGGACUAUUUGUCUCAAUUCAAACAAUUGGAGGUAACUGCUCAAUCCCUUCAUUCCUGAAGAAUGUGCGCAUUCAGAUCUCUCACGCUCCGAUCACAAUGAACGUCUCUUCAUUGGUCAAAAACCAAACGAUGAAGGCCAAAAAGAUCGGUCUCGUUGUCUCGUUCUUCUUGAACCGAACCGUCCUAUACUACCACGAAAGCACUCCGAAUGCUCUUGCUGUCGCACUGAAUCUGCUCUCGAAUCUGAAGUUUCUUCGGAUCAAUUCAAAUCAUUCGGUCGGCACCUUCGGAUUGCACGCAGAUUUUAUUCCGAUUGAAGGAAACUUAGAGGUGAGACUGUCCUUUACGCGACAGCUUCAAUUGAGAUGUUCAUCAGAUUGGGUUCCACUCCUUUAAGUAUGGAUUUCUUCUGAAUGGGUUGGUGAUGAUGAUCUCGUGCUCUGUCCUCCCGGCAAUUGCGUUUUUGAUAGAAGAAAGAGUUUCCAAGUUCCAGCAUCAGGUACGCGAUGAAAGUGUUCCACUGAAAUGAGGCAGUCUCUUCCAGCAACUUCUCACUGGAGUCUCUCCGUUCGUAUUCUGGUCUUCGAGCAUUCUGUUCGACUUUAUCAUUUAUGCCAGUCUGUGCACCUACGUCAUUACCUUUUCCAUCAUCAACGAAGUUUUAACGGACUACAUCUACCUGUGAGUUCAUUCAAUUUGGAAGACACCGUUUCACUUUCGCCUCCAGAAUAAUCGCCACAAUGAUUUGUUACUUCUUCGCCUACGAGGCACUCAUUUACUUCCUCUCGGUGUUCAUCAGAUCUCCGGCCGUCGGAUCCACCGUCCUCGGUUUCCAUCGAUCCGUCUUCUUUGCUGCUGGAGCCAUCAGUUUCUUGAUCGUCGUGAUGAAACCUCUGAGCGAUCAACUUGCGACAGUUCGUAAACUGGUCAGUAAGAUUUGCAUCGAUUCUCGCACAAAAAUUAUGUUUUUCAGUACUUUUUGGGUCUCCUUGAUCCUGGACUCAUUUAUAUGUUCGCCCUUCUCAAGAUUUACUUCAGUCAAUCUGGCAGCUGGAAGAACUUUGCAUCCGCGAGAAAGUUCAUGUUCAGAUUCGAGUCAAUCUUUCAAUUCCAAGCAAUUUGUGAGUAAUCAGCUUGAUCGGUUUGACCUACCCAUUUCUUCAGGGAUCGAUUUGAUCUUUCUGAUCCUCUUCUCCGUACUUUUCUUCUGGUUUUUCGUUGCUUUCCGCUCUAAAAUUGCACGAAGAAUUGUGACGGGAUGUGGGAAUGCGAAACCACGGCCGAAGAAGCGCUACGUACGUGGAUAGGGAGGCGGUGAAUCAGAGGAGAGAGGAGACUUUCAGGCUUUCCUGGAAGGAUUCUCGUCCACGAACGGAGAGACGACGACAAUGGUGACGAGUUCUCUGGACUCUUCGCAAGCCGGCUCUUCCGUUGUCGUUGUCGAAGUUGGUUUCCUAAUAAUCCUCUUGAAAUGAUUCGAAAUGAUUGCAGAAGUUGGUGAAAGACUUCCGAAGAAUAAGGGCAGUGAACGGAUUGUCGAUGAGUGUGAAACAGAGGGAAUGCUUCGGACUGUUGGGACAGAACGGCGCCGGAAAGACGACGACGUUCGACAUGCUGACAGGGCUGACGCUUCCUUCCGGAGGAUCCGCCACCGUUUCUGGAGAGAACAUCACCAACAAACCUGUACGUUGUCCCUAUCAGCUCGCGGAUUGUCCAAGUUUUCAGCAAAUCGGUUACUGUCCGCAAUUCGACGCGAUGAUGGGACAGUACUCGGGAAGACAGUGUCUCCGAAUCAUGACUCGCCUUCAAGGAUACGAAAACAGCGACGAAGUGGUGGAGAUGGUUCUGAAUUGCAUCGGAAUGACUGAGCACGCCGAGAAACUGAUCAAACACUGCAGGUUCCAGCUUUUUCCGCUUGAACAAUUCCCCCAUUUCAUGUCAUUUCAGUGGCGGUCAGAAGCGGAAGUUGUCUGUCGGAAUCGCUCUGAUCUCUCGUUCGCAAUGUGUGAUGCUUGAUGAGCCGACGGCCGGAAUUGAUCCACGGGCGAGAAGGGAGAUCUGGGACAUUCUGCAUUGCAUGCGCGAGAAGGCCAACUGUUCGAUCGUGCUUACGUCGCAUUCGAUGGAAGAGUGCGAGGCUCUGUGCACUCGGAUCGGAGUGCUACGUGGGGGAGAAAUGAUUGCAUUGGGGACUAGCCAAGAGCUGAAGUCCAAGUGAGACCUCGUUCCUCUUUCUUAUACUCACAUUUUUGUUUCAGAUUUGGAAGCUUUUACUUGAUGACACUGGUUCUGAGCACUUUGGAGUCGAGCGAAGGCGUGAAGGCGGCAGUUAUUCAGAAGUGGAAAGACGCCAUUCUGAAGACGGAGCCGACGCGCGCGAGCCUCCAAAUGGUCUACCAACUGCCGAAACACUCGGAUGACAAAUGGUCGGAAACGUUCAUGCAGGUCGACGAACUGGCUGCACAACUCGAGGUACCUAAUUUUGGACUCACAAAAUAAAAAUAGAAUGUUCUGUUUCAGAUUGAAGAUUACAUGCUCACGCAAGCGACCCUUGAAGACGCAUUCUUACGUCUGAAUGCAAAUGAAUAA